GUGCUGAGAUGCCUCAGCAGAAGAAGCACUGGAAAUCCAUGACCAAGGGGCUGGUGCUGGGCGCCCUCUUCACCAGCUUCCUGUUGCUGCUGUACUCCUAUGCCAUACCCCCACUGCACGCUGGCCUGGCUACCACAACCCCGGAGGCCGCAGCCCCCUGUUCCCUGGCCCCGGAAGAGCCCGAGGCAGCGACUCCAGCCAAUGUCUCGGUAGAUUGGUGCCAGCCUCAGCGUGACAUCGUGUUCAUGAAGACGCACAAGACCGCCAGCAGCACGCUGCUCAACAUCCUCUUCCGCUUUGGCCAGAAGCACGGGCUUAAGUUUGCCUUUCCUAACGGGCGCAACGAUUUCGACUAUCCGGCCUUCUUCACCCGCAGCCUCGUGCAGGACUACCGGCCUGGCGCCUGCUUCAACAUCAUCUGCAACCACAUGCGCUUCCAGUACGACGAGGUGCGUGGCCUGGUGCCGCCCAAUGCCACCUUCAUUACGGUGCUCCGCGAUCCCGCCCGCCUCUUCGAGUCCUCCUUCCACUACUUCGGGCCCGUGGUGCCCUUCACAUGGAAGCUCUCGGGUCGGGACAAGCUGGCCGAGUUCCUGCAAGAUCCAGGCCGCUACUAUGACCCCAACGGCUACAACGCCCACUACCUCCGCAACCUGCUCUUCUUCGACCUGGGCUAUGACAACGGCCUGGACCCCGGCAGCCCGCGCGUGCAGGAGCACAUCCUGGAGGUGGAACGCCGCUUCCACCUGGUGCUGCUGCAGGAGUACUUCGAUGAGUCGCUGGUGCUGCUCAAGGAGUUGCUUUGUUGGGAGCUGGAGGACGUGCUCUACUUCAAGCUCAAUGCCCGCCGCGCCUCGGCCGUGCCGCGCCUCUCGGGGGAGCUGUACCGGCGCGCCACGGCCUGGAACAUGCUGGAUGCACACCUCUACCGCCACUUCAACGCCAGCUUCUGGCGCAAGGUGGAGGCCUUCGGGCGAGAGCGCAUGAUCCGCGAGGUGGCGGCCCUGCGGCAGGCCAAUGAGCGCAUGCGGCGCAUCUGCAUCGAUGGUGGCCAGGCGGUGGAUGCCGCCUCCAUCCAAGACUCGGCCAUGCAACCCUGGCAACCUCUGGGCGCGAAAUCCAUCCUAGGCUACAACCUCAAGAAGAGCAUCGGGCAACGGCACGCACAGCUCUGCCGCCGCAUGCUCACGCCUGAGAUUCAGUACCUAAUGGACCUUGGCGUCAACCUGUGGGUCACCAAACUCUGGAAGCUCAUCCGGGAUUUCCUGCGGUGGUGACAUCCGCCCACUCCUGGGACCCUGCCUUACUUCUCUUUGCAGAGGGUUUGGACAGGGACCCGCUGGCGCUGGUUCCCCUGUGCCCCUCCUGGUGCCCCC